GUGUGCAUCAUCGAAGAUUUCUAUGUCACAUCUAGAUCCAUUCAAACAUUUCAGACUUGGAUCUAAGUUUUCCCUUAUGAUUUUGUCUGACACAAACGUUACGCCCCUUCUAGGCUGUGGCUAUAAACAGCCGAUGACAUCAUGCCGAUGAGGGUUUUCCAGAAUAUUAGUGAUAACGUAAUUAUUUGGCUUUUUCCAACAAGAAUUGUUAACAGAAGUUGACUCUUCAUCUAUAGAUCCAAAUUGAUGCUGUUUAUAGCAGUGACCUUGUGCUUGGCAUACUCAACACUGACUUUUGAUGCCUCACAGAGUCCUAUCUCUGGAGUCACAUCCGGAGAGAGUUUGGUCAUAAAUCAGACUUACAUUCUCAAAGUCCAGGCUAAAGAUUCUUCAGGUAAUGUUUUAACAGCUGGAGGAGAGGAUAUCUAUGCACGUAUUACGGAUCCUUGCACUAGGGGUCCAAAUAUGACAUGAGUCGCCUCUACCUUCACUCAGAGUGCAACGAAUGGUGAAGAGGAGGUCGUUAAGCUCACUCACGGUGGAAGUGGGAUAUAUUCAGCUAGUUUAAAUUUGAAUCAUAUUGGAAAUGCAACAAUAUCAGUCCUUAGGUCAGGACAUCAAGACAUCAUUGCAAAAUACUACAAUUCAGGGAGUAUUUCUGGAACUCCAGAUGUGACCAACACGUCAGCAACCAUCAAUUUUGACUUUGGAAAAGGGAAUAUAACGCCUGGGCAUAAAAACAAUGUAGCUGCAAAGUUCACUGGUAAGCUGACUCCCUUCCGGUCGGGAGCUUGUACUAUAUCAGUACUCCAAGAUGAUGGAGCUACUAUCCAAAUAAAUGGAGUGACGAAGAUGAAUAAUUAUGGUAAAACAAUGUUCGAUACAGAAAAUUUCAGCUACAACUUCAAUGCAUUUGAGACAUAUGACCUAGAGAUUGACUGGAAGGAUAAGACUGAAGGAGCCAAGCUAAAAUUAUAUUGGAAUUUUGGGUCCGGAAAGACCUUAAUUCCUACUGAGAAUUAUGCAGCCACUGUUGAUGUAGACACAAGUCCUUUGCAGGUAUCUGCAGUUUGUCCUGAUAAAUACGAACAAACUCCUUCGACCACUGACCAGUGCAGGCCUAAGUGAGGUGAUGGCUUUGUCAUUGAUACUGAAGUCUGUGAUGAUGCAAACACUGCUGAUGGAGAUGGGUGCAAGUCUGAUUGCACUGGUGUAGAGCCUAGCUGGGCCUGAUCAGGGGGAACAACAAUGACUAAAAGCGUUUGAACUGAGUGCACCCAAGGGUUUUAUCAGAAUGAUCCAUUGAAUCCAACCUCUUGAGUUACCAAAUGAGGUGAUGGAUUCAGAGUCGGCACAGAAAUCUGUGAUGAUAACAACAUUUCUGAUGGAGACGGAUGCAAAUCAGACUGCACAAUAGAGUCUGGGUAUGUGUGAACUGGAGGAGACUCAGCAAAUAAAGACACAUGAAGACUGUGCUCGUCUGGGUUUUAUCCAAAUGAUUCGGUUCAGCCAACAGAAUGAAUAACUAAGUGAGGCGAUGGACAGAGAGUUGGCUCAGAAGCCUGAGAUGACGGUAACACUAUUGGUGGUGAUGGCUGAUCUUCUGAUUGUAGCGAAAUUGAGCUUGCUUGGAAAUGAGAUACUUCAUUCCCAAAUGUAUGUACUCGAAACUAUAAAUCAGUUCCUAUGACUACAAGUGAGAAAUCGUUACAAAUUGUGACUUUAUGUGCCAUUCCAAUUCUAGUAUUCAUGAACACAAUUGGAGGAUCUUUGAGCAGUUCAUCAACAAACUCUAUUCUCUCUUCAAUUAAUCAGCUUCAGUUGUUGAUACUGUUCUUGGUAUGAAAAGUCUUUAUACCCUUGAGAGCUGUGACUUACUUGCGAACUCUUUCAACAGCUAUGAUAGACAUCAACAUUGACUGGAGCUUCUUCAUAGUCUUUAAAAAGAUUGGGGAAUGGUUUGAUUUUGAUCAGCCCAGAGAUGACUUUGACACCAUUGAAAUCAGUUCUGGAAGCGCACUCAUCAAUCUGAACACUCUGGUCUGCAUGCUCAUCAUUUAUAUAAUCACGCACUUCAUAUUGUGGAUCGCCAAAAAAUGAGUGGGCAAGUCUAAAUAAACUCUGAGCUCGAUUCAUCAAGAAAGCAUAUUGAAGUUUCAUAUUCCAAAUGUAUGUGGUAUUAAUCUUUGAAGGAUUCAUCAGCUUAUGAUUAUGUUCCUUCUCUGAAUUGAGAAGGUGCAAAGUCAAUGCGACAGGACCGGAAGAACACUCAUUCUAUUUCUCUUUGUUCUUUGCUUCAAUUUGUUUAAUUGCAAUAUUCACUAUCUUGGCGGUAUGGCUUUUGAUAAGGCCAAACCAAUCAAACAUGAAAAAGUUCCUUCAGGAAGAACUUUAUACUGGGGUCAAGCCCAAUAGGUGGGCUAGGCUGCAACCUUUCCUGUUUCUUGUCAGGAGAGCAGCUCUCUGACUGAUAAUUACCUGCUGACCCUCUCUGGAUCCUCUAUUGGAUAAACCAUUCGAUAGCUUCUUGCUGAUGGGUCUUUACUCCUUGGUCAACCUUGCUCAUUUAAUGCUGGUAUGAGUCAUUCGACCAUUCAGUAAAACCUCUGAAAACAUCACCGAAAUAGGAAACGAAAUGUUUAUAGCUACUUUGUGCUUAUUCUUGGUGUCCCAUCCCUCAGAGAAUGAUUGGGAUGAUACAAAGGCAACCAUUUUCUACUGGAUUUUAGUGUCGAACAACAUCUUAUAUGCAAUGUUCUCCAUUGCCAUGUUCAUUUAUACAGCUCAUGCUUACAUAAGAAAGCCCAAAGCUAAUAUGAAGAAGAAGGUCAUGAGGAUCUCACCAAAGAAGAUCCAGAAGAUGCAGUUGAACAUCUCUCGGUGUUUGCCAAGACCAAGGGAACUUGCUGACCUCCGCCCUUACAGAUAUAGAAACGAGACUUGUCCUGAAGAAGGUGGGAACUCAUCUGUUCCAGAUCCGAGCUUCGUGAAUUUAAAAUAGGUAUUUAUACCCCUACUUAGCUCUCUCUAUGGUGGCUGACAAGGCACUUGGGGUAGAAGUUCUCCACAUUGAGAGUUUAGCUUAAGCUAAAAGCCAUUUU